CUGAAGUUAAAAUAAAUAAUUCAAAUGGAUGUGAUCAACUUCAGUUUCGGCUUUCCAUGUCAUCUAUGAUCAAUCUGAUUCAAUGAAGUUGUUCUAGGCGACAACAUCAUAAUGAUCUUUAUGUCGUAGUGCUCUAAGAAUAAGCAAUGGGUCCCUCUAUUCUGAUAUUUAUUGAUGCAUACUGCACGUGGCAGGCAAGUAGAGAAACACUUCUGUGCCUUUGGAAUCUGUUCCACCCACCUCUGAUAGAUAGAGAAGAAUUGAUACUCAUGCACUGCAGUGUUCUUUCUUGAUCAAAACAGUAAUCAAUUCAUUAGGAAGACCAAUAAAUACUAUGCCCAAAACAGCUUAUGCUUUCCUUUUUCCCUCAUCAACCAUGUGAGAUAUCUGUAUCUUCAAGGAACAGCAUUUUGUGAGAUGCAUGAUGGCUCAAGAGUUGCCCAUGAAGGAAGGGUGCAAGGAAAACUAACUGAAGAAGAAGGCAAAGGAGAAUCAUGCAACCCAACCCUCCUGGCUUCACUCAGAAUCAGAUUCUACAGCACAAAGACUCAGAAAGAAGAAACAGAGAAGGAAUCCACCCAUAAAUAUAUCCCACUUUCAGCUUUAUAGCUUCCCUUUUCAAGCAUCUUCUCUUCUCCCACUUCUCCCCCUGCCACAAGCCAUUUCUGCUUGAUGUCACACAAACACCAGUUCAUCUGCAUGACUAUGAGAAUGAACAUCGACUGCGAUGGCUGCUACCGAAAGAUCAGGAGAGCUCUUCUGCAAAUGCAAGGUUAUAUGUUGGAACUCUUCAUGACGACAGAGUUGGAGAGCCAUUUGAUCGAGAGGAAGCAGUGCAGGGUCAGCGUGUGCGGGUCGUUCGUCCCCCAGGAUAUGGCGAUCAAGAUCAGGAGGAAGACGAAUCGACGGGUGGAGAUCUUGGAGAUCAAGGAAGUGGAGGCAAGCCAUGAUGGCGGCACAGAUCCCAAACCCCCCUCAUGAAUUAUAGCCGAUCCCAAACCCUCGUAUAAUGCAUACCAGACACAUGGUAAGGUGUAAUAUUUCCUUGAAAGAAGGAUCAUUGCUAUCAGCUCCUAGUUUCUGGACA